AUGCAGCUACCCUGGCUCCUGCUCCUGCCUCUGGGACCAGUAGUGCUAGCACGACCCGCUAACGAGACUCUUCUAUGGGGACCAUACCGACCCAACUUGUAUUUCGGCCUUCGGCCUAGGGUACCUCAAUCCCUUAUGACAGGGCUCAUGUGGUUUGGGACACAGGAUUACCAGUCCAUCGGAAAGACACGCCACGACUGUGACCAAGGGGAUAAUUUGGACAGCUAUACAUGGACGGAAUAUGACACACGAGAAGGAGGGGUUCAAGUCUUGAAGGAUGGUUUCAACAACGUGAAAAUUACGACCGAAUUUCUGAAGGUUGCAGGAGGGAACCAUGGCGGCAGCUGGGCUGUCCGUGUCAAGGGUGAACCUAUUGAAAAGGACAAGAUAUCAAGGAUUUCAACGAUAUUCUACUUUGGGCUCGAAGGACUCGGAGGGCUGGACAUGGUCACAGAGGAAAACGAGAACGGUAUUGCUGGCGAAAUCAAGCUGGCUGGUUCAACGCCAGAGUUAGACGAAUUCACGAUCAGAAUAUUCGACAGCAUUGACAAUCGCGCCGUUCUGGGAGGUCCUCAUGUGGAAACAUUCCGCAAAAGACUUGGACGGGCACACUUCAUUGGACGAUCGAUAAAUCCUGGAGACGUUUGGAAGGCUAAAGCACACAUUAUGGGUGCACUGAUGGAACGGGGACGUCAAGUCAUAGCCCCAUACCAGGAUCCUAAUGUUGGCGCACCAGAUCCGUCGUUUGUUCUCCAGCUACCAGACGACGUGCACACCAACAGCAAUCUCUUUGCAGUGCAGAAGUUCUUUGACGGCGCCUUCCAAUUCGAUGUUCUGUUUGAUAGCGGGAGCUCAAAACAGAUGUUGUCGUCCUCUAUCUUGGAUCAAGGUAUCCCCGCACUAGUCGAGGCCUACGGAAAACGGUUCCGGGAAGUUCUUCCUUACCCCACGGAUUAUCCGCCAGAGAAGAAAGAUUCGCUCGAAGCAUUCUCGAAGGCUGUUACAUCCAACCUCGUCGGUGGUGUUGGUUACUUCUAUGGAACCUCGAUUGUGGAUCGCAAAUUUUCGUAUGAAUGGGAUGAGGAUGAGGACGCCAUCGACGAUGGAGACGAUCACCAAAAGGGUGCUAAACUGACUGAACCAAAGGCGCUGUUGACCGCAACACCGAGUCGUAGCUUUUUCCCUCGCGGCUUCUAUUGGGAUGAGGGUUUCCAUCUCUUACACAUUGGACAAUGGGAUAAUGACUUCAGUCUUGAGAUCUUGAAGGACUGGAUUGGACUCAUUGAUGAAGAUGGCUGGGUAGCCAGGGAACAAAUUCUUGGUGAGGAGGCACGUAGCAAAGUCCCACAUGAAUUUCAAACCCAAGUACCCAACUACGCCAACCCGCCAACAUUGACGAUGGCGGUCACAGCCUUCAUCGAACGUGUAAAAGCCGUGUCCGCCGCUCGUGGCCCAUCCGAUCAGGAGCUUAGCAUGGAUAUGGGAAUGGGCUCCCAAAUGCCACUUACCGUCCCCCCAAAGCUGACUGCCGUCGAAAGCCAAUACGUAGAACGGCCGGAACUUGCACUUGAGUUCCUCAAGGGCAUUUACAAACCCUUGAAGCGACAUUAUGAUUGGUUCAGACGCAGUCAACGUGGACAGAUCAAGCAAUAUGCACGGAAGGCACGCUCAAGGACGGAAGGCUACCGAUGGAGAGGGCGUUCGGAGCUCCAUGUCUUGACUAGUGGCAUGGACGACUAUCCUAGAGGGCCGCCUCACGCGGGCGAGCUGCACUUAGAUUUGAUUUCUUGGGUUGCAUUUUUCUCGAGAACGAUGCGUGAGAUCGCUGCUUUUGUCGGAGAGAAGGACGAUGAAACGACCUUCGUUCAAGUCGAGAAGGCAGUCCUGGACAACAUCGAAGAUUUGCACUGGAACGAGUCUGAAAAGAUGUAUUGCGACUUGAACGUGAAUGAUGAAGAUGAAUCUUAUCCUGUCUGCCACAAGGGAUAUCUGUCGUUAUUCCCAUUCCUCCUCGAGCUUCUUCCGCCUUCCUCUCCUCACCUAGGGCAUAUUCUCGACCUCGUGCACGAUCCCGAACAUCUCUGGUCGCCUUAUGGCAUCCGGAGCUUGUCGGCAUCCCACCCUGAAUUUGGCCAAGGUGAAAAUUAUUGGAAAGGUCCCAUCUGGAUCCAGAUGAAUUACCUUGCCUUACGGGCAUUGCACAAGACGUAUGCAGCUCGUGAUGGUCCAUAUCGGGAAAGGGCCAAACAAAUCUAUGACGAAUUGCGGAAAAAUGUGGUUGAUAACGUGGUGAAGGAGUACGAGCGCACUGGAUUCGUCUGGGAGCAGUAUGACGCGCUAACAGGCGAGGGUAGAAGGAGCCAUCCAUUCACUGGUUGGACGUCAUUGACAGCGCUGAGUCCUAGGGCUGCGCCUGCUAUCAUGCCCCUCUUCAGUAGACGUAACCACGACACCCAGGACCGAAAACUCACCAACAACCAGACAGGUACGGCCAUUGGAAAGCCCUUUGGCUUCGGUAUUUGGUUGAGGCUACAUGGCGUCGACAUCUUCACCAUGGCAGUGAUGGGUGCCAUCGGAUUAGGAGUGUAUUUUGCCUCACCCGCCCCAAGUCGAUCCUUCCCUGUCUAUUUCCAGAACGGGCGGCACGAACAGAAGGAGAAGCUGGUUUCCAUCAUCUUCGAGGACCAUCCCGUCGACGUUGGCGCGCGCGGCUUGAUCACCGCCACCGUCUUCCAAGUGUUUAUUAAGUGGCUCAUCGGUGGCCUGCCCCCGCAUUGUUACGCCGUUUGCCAACCUCAGAUACAAUCCGGAGCCCAGGACGGUGUCGGCUUUGCCAUUCUCAUGUACGACCAAUCCGUUUGCACAGGCGACGAGAAGCGGAUCAAUGACGCACUGGAAUCCAUGCCGUCUGGCCACUCCACCGCUGCACGGGCCGGAUUGUUCUAUCUCUCUCUUUACCUGAAUGUUCAACUUAAGGUCAUGGGCGCCCAUAACCCUGCAUAUUGGAAGAUGGUUUUGUUCUUUGCACCUCUGCUUGGAGCUUGCCUCAUCUCCGGAGCACCUACAGUCGACGAAGGCCGAUUUCCGGUUCAACCAUCGGCUCCUCCUUCGGGCUACUUCGCCACUCCAUCGCCGUCCCUUUUCCCAACUUCUGCAAACGAUCCUUAUUACACCUAUCAACCGACGCAUCAAUUUCCCUCUUACAAGUCGCCAUUCACCCGAGAAGGUGGUUGGGGCUACGGAGACGGCGAGUAA